AUGCGUUGUUACUACGACCUCCUAGGUGUGCCAAAGAAUGUGGAAAGCGCUGAGCUGAGGAAAGCCUACUACAAAAUGUCUUUACAGUGGCAUCCGGACAAGAAUGUGUCUCACUCUGAAGAUACAACCAAUAUAUUUCAACAGAUUCAGGAAGCAUACAGGGUACUUUCGGACCCACAAGAACGUGCUUGGUACGAUAGCCAUCGGGCCCAGAUCCUACAAAGUGGUGGACAAAAAGCCCAAAUGGGUUCUGCUGCUGGUUAUGAAGAGGAACGCGUUGACGUCUUUCAGUACUUUACGCGUUCCUGUUUCCAAGGCUUUGAUGAUGGUGAGACGGGAUUCUACACAGUGUAUCGGAAAGUUUUUCAGGAUAUCACAGAUGAGGAAGUCAAAGCUGCUGAGUUUGCGAACGAGUACGACUCUUCUCCAUCUGAAGAGGAUGCUGACUUGGGGGCGCGUAACGGGAAAGGCAAUUUGCGAUCCUACCCAACUUUCGGUUCUAUGGAGAGUGCUUACUCCGAGGUGGUCGCUCCGUUCUAUCAAUUUUGGGAAGUCUUCCAAACGAAGAAGAACUACACUUGGGUAGAGAAAUACGAUGUUCGGUGUGCGGAAUCAAGAGCGGAACGUCGGGCUAUGGAUUGUGAGAAUCGCCGGCUACGCAAUGCAGCAAAGAAGAAACGUAAUGAAGAGAUUCGGCAGUUGGUGGCCUUCGUGAAGAGACGUGAUAAACGGGUAGCCGCAGAACGUGAACGUAUCCAACUAGCAGGUGAAGAGGCUCAAGCACGCACUAAGCACCUAGCCAAACAAGCUAGACAACGUAAUGCAGCACAGUUGGCUGAAGCGUGGAAUGAAGAACUUUCCUUUGGUGGUAUUGCUGCACAGUGGCAAGACGUUUUCGAAGCGGAGCUCGCCCGGUUGGAAGCAGAACUUGAUGGUGCGUCGCCUCGCUCAAAUGAGGUCCGGGAAGCAGAGUCGCCGGGUGUCUCAGCUGAUGAACUCGAGGACGUCAAUAGUUUGUAUUGUUUGGCGUGUGAUAAGACGUUCGCCUCAGCAAAUGCCAAAGCCAAUCAUGAAAGUUCGAAGAAACAUAGAAAACAAGUGGAACUGCUAAGGCAAGUCCUGUUGGAGGAGCAGGAAGUAGUGAAAUUGAAAGGGCAUGAAUAUACGGAAAAUGGUGCUGACUCGGAUGCGAAAUCUUCAACGUCAGAGACCGAUCUGGUUGCUGGAGUAGCUUCAGUCAAACUAACCAAGCGGGCGAAGAAAGCUCAGAGAAAGCGCCUAAAAGAGGCCGCAAAACUCAACAGUGUAGAUCUCUCCGACAAGCAACCUGUCGAGAAUAAAGACCCAGAGGAAUGCAGGACCACUGAUUCAGGAUCCACCCCCGGGCCGCAAAAUCCAUCAUCUAAUCAAAGCCGUCUUCCUGAAGCAGAAGCUAAAAGUACCAUAUCCCUGGCGUGCGAAACAUGUGCUGCUGAUUUUCCCUCCCGUAAUCAGUUGUUUGCUCAUUUGAAACAAACUGGGCAUGCCACUUUGAAACCGGUUGCUCUCAAGAAUCAAACAGCUAAAGCAAAACGAACCGUAAGAUCCAAACGUUGAGCAUGAAUGACCCCCAAUUUUUAAGCUGUGCCUUGUGUAUACUGUACAUAGACCGCCC